ACUGCUUUUAAGUAAAUCUCCUCCUAAAAACCCAUAUAUAAUAACAUUUAUUCAAUCACAAUAAUUCAUGGUACUAUUGUACCCCGCUCUAAAUCCCUCGCUCUAAACCGUCUGAUCUGCCACGUGGCAACAAUCGAGCCCAUCACAGCUCGAACAUUUUUUUUUUCCCAACAAUUCACGUACACAACACCCGAAGCUCUCCGACAAAAGUCCGCAGAGAUAAUUAAUUAGUGAAAAUAAAAAGGGUCAAAUUUAUACCACGAAACCCCUCAAUUAUAAGGUAUUUUGUAACUUAUCCACAAACAACUUAAUUUAGUUAUUUUAAGUACUUUUCGGCAAAUAAAGCUAUGAAUUCAAUUUAGAUACAAAGCGAAUAGUUUAUGGUCGGAGGAUCUGUUUCAAAAUGUAAUAUACUUGAGGGGGUUCUCCAUAAAGUUAUCACCUUCGAGAGAAAAAUAAUAAAAUUAUAAAAUAAAAACCCCUCCUUUUUUUCCGUUUCUCUUUUUCUUCUCCUUCUCCCUCUCCCUCUCCCUCUCCUCUUCUUCGUCUUCUUCCUCUUUAAACCCUAACUCUCCCCCAAAAACCUCCAUGGGAGAGCUCUCCUUUGUGCUCUAUCUCUCUCUCUCUCUAUAUCUCCCACAAAGAUCACAUUUUUAAGAAGAUUCUAACUUUGGUUCUUUAAUCUCCACACACACAUCCCUCACCAAAAACCAAAAAGGCGUAGUAGAUCCCCCGCCUCAAAUCUCUCUCCCAAAACCCUCUACUUUUUCCCUUUCCUUUUUCUUUUAGGGGGGCGACAUUGUGGGGCUGAGCACCGGUUAAAAGUCGCACCUUUUUCUAGGGUUAGGGUUUCGACCGAUGUCGCUGCCGCUGGAGGCGGCGGCGCCGCCUCCGCCGCCGCCGCCGCAGCACGGCGGCGGAGGGGGCGGGUCGGUGGGGGCGCUGAUCGCGGUGUUGGCGGUGAUCGCGGUGCUCGGGGCGGCGGCGGGGAUCGUGGGGCGGCUCUGCUUCGGGCGGGGCAUCUGGGGCCACGGCGGCGGCGGAUUCGACCUGGAGGAGUGGGUGGAGCGCCGCUGCGCCUCCUGCGUCGACGGGAGCCUCGCCCCUCCGCCCCCGCCCCCUCCGCCUCCGCCUCCGCCGGCCGCCGCCGCCGAGGCGGUGGCGAACGGAGCCGAGGUGCGGCGGCGGCGCGGCGAAGGGGAAGGGCGGAGGGUGGCGGAAUCGUAG